AUGCCGCUCUCCGCCCGGAUGAUGCUGUGGCUCGGUGCUGUGUUGGCACAGCUCUACUUGGCAGAGGGCACGCGGCCAAACCGUCACCUCUUGCAGCAGUCGGCUACGAACAUUGUGACAGAGAGCCCGCCGACCUGCGAUAUCUUUGCUCUCACGGAAAAUAUGGGAAAGGCCGAAGGCAUCUGGAAUGCCGUCAUGGCAUUUGGGCUGGUGAGUCUGCUCGUGGGCCUUGUCUGCUGUUGCAUCCGGGCUAUCGGCCUCCUCGGUGCAGGGGCCACGGCCAUCGCAGGGGUGGCCAACCUCAUCAUACCCGCCAUUGCAUCCGUCAACUUCAGCGGCGUUUUCGAUACCCACUGCCCCGAGAUCAAGAAAAUUGUGAUCUUCCAUGAGAUGGCAGCUCUGGGGACCCCCGCCGGCUGCUACAGCUGCGGGAAGGGUAUGGUUACGCUCGGCUUGGCCUUCUUCAACCUCAUCGUCGCGGUCUUUCUCCUGCAGCGGCACCAGAAAGCCAAGGAUGCGCCGGAGGCGCCAGCGACUCCGGAGGCACCAACGCCUCAGUGA